AUGAAUGAUAUGAUGGAGAUAAAAAUGAAUUUUAUGCCGGAUAAUGAACAAAUAAAAGAAGAUGAUGAAGAAGACGAAGAGGAAGAAGAACAACCAUUGGAUCAAAAAACUUUAGAAAUAUUAAAUAUGAAAACGAAUCUUUUUAUAAAUAUUUGUCAAUCAUCGUCAAUAUUCUUUAUCUUAGUUAUUAUCUCAAUUAUUCCAAUUUCACAAGUAGCUGUCGGUUGGCAUUAUUCCACAGCAUGUCCCAUCAAUCAAUCGAUCCCAUACUAUCUAGUUGUUGCAGGAAUUGUUGGAUUUCUUCUAGUUGUUCUAAUAUCCGUUUCCCAAAUGAUGACUCGAACAAUGUCAAAUGUAAUGUUCGAUGAUGCUGUUGAUAGAGCAAAUCCAAAUCGAGCAACGCUGCUUGUUGGUUGUGGAGUUUGUAGUAUUAUGUGUAUUAGUUUAUCUCUUUUUGUAUUUCUAUUCGGUUGGUCUAUUGCCGGAUGGACGUGGGUACUUGAAACAUGGCCUCGGGUUCAGUUUCAGCAUGAAGCCAAUAAUGAUUAUUGUCAUCCAUUGGUUUACAGAUUUACUGUGGCACUUCUUUUAAUUAAAGCUUUACAUGAAAUGGUGUUCUUUUGUUGGCUUUGCAAAAAAGCAUGUCCCAGAAUAAUAAACUUUCGAAGAAAUGAAACUAUGACAACCCUCGAGUGUUAA